UGAAGAAGUGAUUGAAAAGAAAGGAAUUGAACGUACUGGGAUGAGCCCAGUGGUGAGGUGGCAUUAAUCCAUGCUUUGCCGCUCAACCCUUGAACACGGCCCCGCCGUGUACAAUUUAAUCUCGCUGUUAAAAUACCUCCUCUUCUCCUCUCCCAUUCUCAAACCACCGCCAGAAACCUCUCAUCCCUUCCCCCAAAAACCCUCCACCAUGCCGUCGUCCGCCACCACUUCCACCCAAACCCUCCACUUCCUCUCUCUACUCUCUCUCCUCUCCCUCUUCUCCCCCACCCACUCCACCACCACCGACCUCCAACUCCUCCUCAACCUCAAAACCACCCUCCAAACCGCCGCCACCACCACCUUCUUAUCCUCCUGGCAACCCCACAAUCCCCCUUGCAACUUCACCGGCGUCACCUGUGACCCAACCGACCAAAUCACCCAACUCGACCUAUCCAACCAGCGCCUCACCGGCUCCCUCCCCUUCCACUCAAUCUGCCAGUUGAAAUCCCUCCAGAAACUCUCCCUAGGCCACAACCAACUCCACGGUCCGAUCACCGAGCAAUUGCUCGACUGCGUCAAGUUACAGUACCUAGACCUCGGCAACAACUUUUUCUCCGGUCCUUUCCCGGACAUAUCCCCACUGAACAAAUUAACUUAUCUCUAUUUGAACAACAGUGGGCUGUCUGGUGCUUUUCCGUGGGAUUCGUUGCGGAACAUGACGGGUCUUGUCGUGCUGAGCUUGGGAGACAAUAACCAACUCGAUAGGACUCCUUUUCCGGAAGUGGUGGUGGAGCUUGCUCGGUUGAAUUGGCUUUACUUGUCGAAUUGCAGCAUCGAGGGGCGGAUUCCGAAAGGAAUUGGGAACUUAACCGAGCUGGUAAAUCUGGAGCUGUCGGAUAAUUAUCUCGCCGGCGAGAUUCCGGUGGAGAUUUCGAAGCUCAAGAAGUUGUGGCAGCUAGAGCUUUACGGCAACGGCUUGACAGGAAGAUUCCCAGUUGGGUUCGGAAACCUGACCAAUUUGGAGAAAUUCGACGCCUCGAAAAACUAUCUGGAGGGUGAUUUGUCGGAGCUCAGGACACUGAAUAAGCUACUGACUUUACAACUGUACGAAAACGGGUUUUCCGGUGAGAUACCGGUAGAGUUUGGGGAGUUUGGAAAGCUUGUGAAUUUGUCACUUUACGAGAAUAAGCUCACGGGUUUUAUCCCUCAGGCGCUCGGGUCGAAGUCGGAGUUCAUUUUCAUCGACGCGUCGGAGAAUUUCCUGACGGGUCCGAUCCCGCCGGAUAUGUGCAAGCAGGGGAAGAUGACACAGCUUUUGCUGCUUCAGAACAACCUCACCGGAGAUAUUCCGGUGGGUUACGCGAAUUGUAUGUCGCUCAACCGAUUACGGGUGAGCAACAAUUUGUUGUCUGGGGUAGUCCCGAGUGGCAUCUGGGGACUACCCCAAGUCAGAUUGAUUGAUUUGGCCAUGAAUCAGUUCGAAGGCUCGAUUACAUCUGAUAUUGGUAAUGCAAAGUCUCUCUCUCAACUGAUCGUCGGUAAUAACAAGUUAUCCGGUGAAUUGCCGUUGAAGAUGGCUAAAGCCACGGCGUUAAUCGCGAUUGAUUUAAGCGACAAUCGAUUCUCCGGUAAAAUUCCGUCCUCAAUUGGAGAACUAAAACUUCUUAACCGUCUUCAUUUACAGAAAAACAUGUUUUCUGGUCCAAUACCGGAGACUAUAGCCAAUUGUGUUGCUUUCAAUGACAUAAACAUGGCCGUCAAUUCACUUUCCGGCGUAAUUCCGGCCUCUAUUGGGUCAUUACCGGCUUUAAACUCGUUAAACUUGUCGGAAAACGAGCUCUCCGGUCAAAUUCCAGCGACUCUGUCUUCACUGAAGCUAAGCCUUCUUGAUCUUUCCCACAACCGGUUAACCGGACCCAUACCGUCGUCUCUGUCGCUCUUGGCCUAUAACGGGAGCUUCGCCGGAAACAAUGGCCUCUGUAGUCAAAACAUCAAGUUUUUCCGACGGUGUUCGUCAGAUGCCGGUAGGUCUCAAAGCCUCUGGUUGAUCAUACUCGGCGUGGCAGUGGGUGCAAUCUUGUUACUUCUGUCAAUUCCAUGUGUUUUGUAUCUGAAGAAGGGUAGUCGUAAAGAUGAAGACAGAUCUUUGAAAGAAGAUUCCUGGGACUUAAAGUCAUUCCAUGUUUUAAGUUUCACGGAGGAUGAGAUUCUUGAUUCAAUCAAGCAAGAGAAUCUUAUAGGGAAAGGUGGGUCCGGAAAUGUGUACAAGGUUUUGUUAGCAAAUGGGAUUGAGCUAGCCGUGAAGCACAUAUGGAACACAGAUUCCGGUGGCCGGAAAAAGAACCGGGGCACUACCCCGAUGUUAACCAAGCGCACGGGGAAGUCGAAGGAGUUUGACGCGGAGGUGGAAACGUUGAGUUCGAUCAGGCACGUGAACGUGGUGAAGUUGUACUGCAGUAUAACGAGUGAGGACUCGAGCUUGUUGGUGUACGAGUAUUUGCCGAACGGGAGUUUGUGGGACCGGUUGCACACGUGCGGGAAGAUGGCUUUGGAUUGGGACACUAGAUAUGAGAUAGCUGUUGGUGCGGCAAAGGGUUUGGAGUACUUGCACCACGGCCUCGAGAGGCCGGUGAUUCACCGGGACGUGAAGUCUAGUAACAUUUUGUUGGACGAGUUCUGCAAGCCGAGGAUUGCUGAUUUUGGACUAGCGAAGAUUGAUCAGGGCAACAAAAGCAAGGACUCGACCCAUGUGAUUGCGGGAACACAUGGCUAUAUAGCUCCCGAAUACGGGUAUACCUACAAGGUGAACGAGAAGAGCGACGUGUACAGCUUUGGAGUGGUUCUGAUGGAGCUUGUAACUGGAAAAAAGCCGAUUGAGCCAGAGUACGGAGACAAUCGGGAUGUAGUAAAUUGGGUAUCCACCAAGUUGAAGACCAAAGAAUCUGUGUUAAGUAUAGUAGACUCCAACAUCCGAGAAGUUCACAGGGAAGAGGCAAUCAAGGUACUAAGAAUCGCCAUUCUCUGCACAUCAAGGCUUCCAAACAUGAGGCCUAAAAUGAGGAGUGUGGUUCAAAUGCUGGAGGAAGCCGAGCCUUGUAAAUUCAUUGGCAUCAUCAUCAGUGAAGUUGGUGGAAGUAAGAAAGAGGAAGUUAAGGACUGUAAUGGUGAAGAUUGAUCAGAGAACGGAGCAGAUCGAAAAACAGAUCAUUCGCAGGGUGUUUGAAGAAAUUUUUGUUCUGAAAAUAUGGGGGUUUUAUCUAUUGUCUGAAUCAAAUAUUGUGAAAUACUAGCCGGAAACUGGUAGAGUUUGUAACUUUUGUGUCAUAAAUAAGUAAGCCAAAUUCUGUUAUGCAAUCCGGGCCCUGGAAUUCGAAUGAAAUCGUGGAUUGAUAGAA